AUGGAAAACUAAAGUUUGAAAAGUUUGCUACUUGAACAGCAAUAAAAUGCUGCUUAUCUCAUUGAAAAAGACUCAAAGGCCCCAAUGCCAUUGAAACACAUAGAUUUUAAAGUGACAAUAGAGCAAAGAGUUGCUGCUAUUGAAAUGACUCAAAAGUAUCAAAAUAUUGAGGAUUGUCCAAUAGAAACCAUCUUUUUGUUCCCUUGUGAUGUAUAAUCAGUCGUGAGCAACAUGCAAAUUGAAUUCAUUUUGGAAGAUGGAUCAAAUAGAUUAAUAGAGACCGUUAUCGAUAGAAGAGAAAAAGUUGAAUAGAAAUAUGAAGACAGCGUUGCUCAAGGAAAGACUGCAGUAACAGGAUCUUAUACUAAACUACUAAGAGACAUGAUCAGAGUUAACAUUGGAAACUUUCCUCCCAGGUCAGAGGCGAUAUUAAAGAUGAAGUUCUUUACAUAUUUGACUAUUGAAGAUCUCAGUUACUGCUUUAGAUUCCCUUUAAGCUAUGUUCCAAGAUACGUUGGAGAUGUACAAAGAUUCAUAUAGACUGGCUCUCAGUAUGUAGGUCAAGACUUAUAAAUGGAAUUAACUGAGGAAGAGAAAUUCCAAAAUGAACAAGCAAUAAACGAGAUAUACUCCCAUCCAACAACCAGUAAGCCUAAUUUCCUCUGGAAUUUGAACAUUGAGGUCAAAAUGCAAGGUAAAAUUCAAAGACUAUCCAGUAGAAAUCAUAAUAUCAAGUUUGAAUCCUCAGAAGAUAGAAAGAAUGCUAUAAUUUUAAUCAGCGACUAAGAAAAAAUGAAACCGAUGAGCAAAGAUUUCAUUCUGUUUAUCAAGGAUGAUACCACUAAUAAUCCAGUUGCUAUUUCAAGUUUGAAUUAGUUUGGAGAGCAAUCAGUUUUACUUAGCAUAUUACCAGAUUUGAGGAUGCCUAAGAUAAGAGAUAGAUUCCAUCUCACAUACUCUAAUAAGUUAAAAACUCAAAUUGACACUGAUCAAUCUUGUGUCUAUGAAGAUCAAUCUAAAUAUGAGGUGAGAAAGGAAGAUCUUGAAAAUGAUGAAAUUGAAUAUAAUCCAAAGGAAUAUGAGUAUAUUUUCUUCAUUGACAGAAGUGGAUCUAUGAGCGGUACUAGAAUCUCAUUAGCAGUAAAAGCUCUUCAACUCUUUCUUCACAGUAUUCCAUUUGGUUCUAAAUUCAAUGUCGUAAGUUUCGGCUCAAAUUAUGAGAAACUAUUUGAAUCAAGCAAGUUUUAUGAUGAUGAUAGUUUGAAUAUAGCUAUCAAAACUGUAGGUAGUUUUACUGCUAAUAUGGGUGGAACUGAGAUUUAUCAACCUCUUAAAGAUAUUUUUUCUCAAUUGCCUGAUGAAAAUCUCCCUAGACAUAUCUAUUUACUAACAGAUGGUGAAGUUUCAAACACACAAUAAAUAGUAGAUUUGAUUAAGGAGCAUAGGAAGUAUUCUACUGUGCAUACUUUUGGCAUAGGUGAUGGAGUUAGCACAGCACUAAUAAAAUAAUCAGCAUAGGCUGGUCGUGGUCAUUACAGUUUCAUAAAUGAUCCUCAAGAAAUAGAAAAGAAGGUAAUGGAAGCAAUCUAAAAAGACUUUUUAGAGUAUCUUAUUGUCAAUGAUGGAUUUCUACUUAAUGCUGAAGGACAAAGAAUUCAUGAGAUAUUCCAAGAGGCAAAUUUAAGUUACAGUGAAAAAUUUGAGUAUCAGAUAUUGUUGAAGGACUAAAAUGCUAAAUACUUAGAACUAACAUUCUUAGAUCCUAAUACUGGUUAAUAAUCAUUUGUCAAGUAAGAAAUCGUAGAAUCUCAAAGUGAAGCUGUUAAUAUGGUAGUAUAAAAAAGCUUCAUGGAUGGGAUUAGAGAUUUUGAAGAAAAGAUAAUAGCUUCUACUAAAUAUUAAAUCUUAGUGACAGGAUGUGCAAUGAUAGCAGUUGAAAGAAUUAUGGACGAUGUCACCUAAGAAAUGCAAUUGAGGAAAAUUUAGUUGGUUAAAUCGAAUGAUCAAGUCGAAAUAUUUGUGAAAACACUAACUGGAAAGACUAUAACUAUACAUUGCUACUUAGAUGAUGAAAUCGAAUUAUUUAAACUUAAGAUUCAGGACAAAGAGGGAAUACCUCCUGAUCAAUAGAGACUCAUAUUUGCCGGAUCAUAGUUAGAAGAUCAUUUAUCAUUAAAUGACUAUAAAAUAGAAAAAGAAAGUACACUCCAUUUGGUAUUACGAUUAAGAGGAGGAGGAGGUUAUUUAGAAUGUAUUGAUAUGGAUACAAUGAGUGUUAUCUAAGUAUCUCCUGGUAAUUCAGGUUUAGAUGUAAGAAUUGCACUUGCUGGAAAGUUAGGGGUAGAUGUAUCUAAAAUACUUUUAUUCCAUAGGGGGAAAAUAUUAAAUGACUUAAUGCCCAUUAACAUGCUGUAACUUUUCAGAAAUGGUUUAAAAGAUGACGAAAAGUUGUAUUUCCUAAAUUAUGACUUUAAGAGUAUAGUUUUCUGCCAAGGUGCAAAUGGGUCUUGGAAUCAAAAGUUAUUCAGCAAAGUUACAUAAGGAGAUUUGAAUUCACUUAGAUUAAAGCAAUCUGAUGGUAGAAUUAAGGCUUUGGAAGAAAGUGCAAUCUUGACAUUGCUAGGAAUAAAAAUACUUUAAGAUAAAUUCUCACAAAAUAAAACUGAAUGGUAACUUGUCGUGGCUAAAGGAAAGAAUUUUUUGAAAAAAUAACAUAAAUUUACAGAUGAUAUGAUUAAAUCAAUGAUUGAGCUCGUAUAAUAUGAUGCAAAGUAUUGA